AUGGCGAUGGACCUAGAUUCGUUUAAGGGCUUCGAGAAAAAAGUAGGGUCCAAUAAUGAUUCUGGAAAGAGGAGAAAUUCUUCAAUCAUUUCAAAAACAAUUUCUGCAUCCAAACUUUGUAGAUGUGAUGCUUUGGGAUCACAAAUUGAUACCAAUGCCCUUGUUUCUCUUGAAAUGAAGCCCUCUUUUAACCAUUCAUCUAAGAAUCGAACUGAUAGACGUGUUGUUAUGCAAGAACAAAUGGAAAAACUUGAGGAGGAUUUGAGAGAGACAAGAGAACAAUUAUGUUUUGUUGAAGGAGAAAAGAAGAAAGCUAUAAAUGAACUAAGUGAGAUAAAGCAAGUAGUCCACAAGGCAAGUGAUGGAAUAACAUCAAGUGAACUCUAUGAAGAAGUUAGGACUUUGAAGGAAUUGCUUACUAACAAACAAGAAGAAGUAAAGAUAAAAGAUAAGAAUAUCAAGUCUUUGAAGUUGGAGCUCGAAAAGGCGAUAAAAUGUGAUCUCAAGAUACCAGAAAAAGAUGUAUCUAGUCCUGUAAAAGCAUUCAAGAUUCGUGUAACGGAUUGGUUAUCUGAUUUUAAGAGAAGGGUUCAAGAAUUAGAAGAUGAAUUAGAGAACAAGAAGUUAUCAGAGUCCAAAAUAUUUGAUGCUUGGUUAGCUAAGACAAGACAAUUUGAAGAAAUCAAGAUUGAACUUGAAGAAUCCAUGCUUGAAAUAGCUUCUCUUCAUGGAAAGAUUGAAUCUUUCGACACUUCUUACAAUGGACAGACUAAAAAUUCAACUGAAAAGGAAAUAAGAAACGAGAACGAGAAGAUUGCAUCAUCAAAGGCCAAGGCUUUGAAUGAUGAGAUGAGUUUGCUAAAAAGAGAAAUGAAAUUGGCAAAUGAGGCAGAGGAAAAGAGCAGAAAGGCGUUAGAUGAUUUGGCGUUGGCAUUGAAGGAAGUUUCUUACGAAGCAUCUGAGGCGAAAGAGAAGCUUUGUGCUACACAACAAGAAUUAGGACUAGGGAAAAAGGAGGUUAGAAAUCUGAAAGAGAUUGUCAAAAGCACCAAGGCUAGAUAUAAAAUGUUUUUGGAUGAAGCAAAAAGGGAAACAGAAUUGUAUAGGAACACAGCAGAGAGAUUGAAAUUAGAGGCGGAUGAGUCACUUUCGUCUUGGAAUGGAAAAGAAAUGAGCUUCAUCGAAUGUAUAAAAGAAGUUCAAGAAGAACGAGAUCUUGCUCUACACGAGGCUACUAAGCUGAACGAAUCUCUUAAAGAAGCUGAGCAAAGAAGUAAAGCAGCAAAGGAAGAAAACUACAAAUUGAGAGACAUCUUAAAGCAGGCUAUCAAUGAGGCAAAAGCUGCUGCUGACUUAGCUAGACGGGAAAAUUCUCAACUCAAAGAUGGUCAAGCUAAAACAGGAUGA